GUGUUGGUGUAAUAUCACACACGGUUGUGUGACCUGGCUAUGUUGAAUCUGCAAUUACUUGGUUCAAGAAGAAAGAUUAGAAAUUAGUCAGAAUCGUGUAUAUGGUUAAAUUUCUCGGUAGAUAGUUAGUAAUUACUGUGUUAUAAUAUUGUAAUUAAUUAAAAUAAGACAUAAUAAUGAUUUUGUUAGAGAUACACAACAGGAUACUAGAAGAGACAUUAACCAACAAAGUAAAAAAUACUUUGUCAGGUCAUAAACCAGAAUCUACAGAUGUUGUUGUAGCAGAUUUCGAUGGAGUUUUAUUUCAUAUUUCUAACUUAAGCGGUGACAAGUCAAAAAUUAGAAUAAGUAUUUUACUCAAAUUUUAUAAACAAUUACAAGAACAUGGGGCUGAUGAAUUACUUAUACGUAAAUAUGGGUCUCAUCUUAUAGCUCCUGAAACUGGUUACAAUGUUUCGGUAUUAUUAGAUUUGGAAAAUUUACCAGAAGAUUGGGAAUUAUUAGUUAAAAAUAUUGCGCUUUUAAAAAGGCAUUGUUUUGCCAGUGUUUUCGAGAAGUAUUUUGAUUUUCAAGAAGAAUAUUAUGAUUCGCCAGGUACAGAAUUACAGAAUUACAGGGCUGUCAUCCAAUAUAGAGACGAAGAAACAAUGUAUGUAGAAGCCAAAAGUGAUAGAGUAACAGUGGUGUUUAGUACAAUAUUUAAAGACGAAGACGAUAUGGUUAUUGGGAAAUUAUUUUUACAAGAAUUAAAGGAAGGCAGACGAGCGAGUCAUACAGCUCCGCAAGUUCUGUUUAAUCACCGUGAGCCUCCGUUAGAGUUACAAGAUUUUGACGCAGCGGUUGGCGACUGCAUUGGAUAUAUUACAUUUGUACUCUUUCCACGACAUACAAAUAGAGAAGCUCGUGAUAAUACCAUCGAUUUAAUACACAUGUUUAGAAAUUAUUUACACUAUCAUAUCAAGUGUAGUAAAGUUUAUAUUCACUCAAGAAUGCGUACCAAAACAACAGACUUCUUAAAAGUUCUAAAUCGAGCGAGAUCUCAAUCUAAAAAUACUGAAAAGAAAACCAUUACGGGUCGAACAUUCAUCAGAAAGGAAUGAGAAUAUAUACAUAAGGUUAUAUUCCUAAUAUUGUUUCGAUAAAGGAUAAAUGAUAAAGAUUUCAUUUAUCUUAUAGAUUCGCUAGAAACUUUUCAAUUUUCUAGCAAGGAAUAUUCUUUGUAAUGGAAAGUUCUGACUCGUGAAUUAACGAGUUAAGAAGUUUCAGUCUCAAGUUUUAUUACGAAUUGUCUUUGAACAGUACAAUGUUCUUUAGAAAAGUCUAUAAUGCUGUAAACAUAUUAAAAACGUUAUGUGUACAGCAACAAAGUGCAUGAUUAAAAAGUCAUUUUAUAUUAAAGUUCUUACAGUAACGCUACAAGAAUACAUAGAGUCUACAAAGAAAUCAGGGAAUACACAAUCUGUGAAUGAAGUUCUUCUACUUCGUUAUUUCUUUAUGUAAAAAUAUGAUAAUGACAUUAACAUCGAUCUCUGAGAUCCAAAUAUGUACAUGUUCCGUUUCUUUUCUUUUUUUAAUAUACUAUUUGUUAAUCGAUUUCAUUUGAAUCAUCGUUUUCUAACAGUCCACGUAUAACGGAAAAUAUUUAAAACUGCGUGGAUCUUACGAAAUAAUACACUGAUAUCUCAUUCGAAUGUUUAACACAGCAUUGUGUUUUUUGAUAAAUUAUUUUCAUUAUCUAUACUCUCUUAUUAACAUAUGAUUAUUGUAAUAUAAUAAAAGUAUUAAUUCUAUAUAA